GAGCAUAAAACGCAUGAAAAUCGAAUGGUUUCUUAUUAAGAUUUUUUUUACAAAACUAUUUGAAGUAGGAGAUCUUUACAUUUAUUGCUAAUGUAACACAUAUUUUAAACUUUCUAAAUAUUUAAAAAAAAUUGUUUUUAAUUAAAAAUGACAGACAUAAAAGCAUUGGCGUGGAUAAAAAAAUACCGUAUGCAAAAUUAGAUAAAACAUUUUCAAAAUGUUUAAUCGAAAAAAUCCCACGUCACUCUGUGGAAAACAUAUUUAGGAAGAUGUAUUUUAAUUUUCAAGUCAAUCGGUUGAAUAGUUUUUGAAUUAUCGCAUACACCGUCUCGAAAAAUGUUGUUUUGAGAAAAACGCAAAAGAAAAAAAACUUACGCUCCCACCGCGCUGACUACUAAUAAUCAUAACUUUCGUAACUAUUGAGACAUUGUUUUUGGAGACAUCUCAAAAUACUAGUUAGAAUAUAGACUUUGAAAUUCAGCAAAAACAAUACAAUUUUUUUUUGAAAAUUUCAAUAAUCGAAUUGUUUCUUAGAAAAAAUCGUUAUUUAUUAUUAUUUUGAAAACUACAAGACUCGAAAAUUAUUUGAAAUACACGAUUUUUUCAUACUUUGCAUCAUUUGACUUGGAAAUGGUUUCUUGAGUUAUAAACCGUUGCCACUAAUGAAAAUUAUAUAAGUAGUAGCAUACCAUUAGGAGGAAUAUAAAAUUAUUUGCUGAAGCAUACAUUUGGGGAACUUAAAAAAAUAUAUAUGUUCGAAUAUUUUUCGUUUGAGUGAAUUUUCGAACUUUUCAAAGAUAUUUGCUAUAACUUUUUGAAGAUUAUACUAUUUUUUUUAAUUCGGAUAAAAAUUUGAUACCCGAAAUUGAACCGUAUAUUUAUAUAAUAUAAAUGGGAAAAAGUUAAAAAAUCAUAUAAUUUAUAUAUACGGAUUAUAUAUACCUUAGUAUUGAGUACUAAACUUGCUUAGAAUGAAAAGUAGCUCGUCAUAGAUCAACAGCGCACAGUAAAUGUGUCUCAUGGCAACAGCAUUUUGCUUAAUAGUCAUAAUCAGCUACUGUAUAUGCAUUAUUAUUUCAUAAUAAGUUGAAAAUUUCGCUAAUUACUGGUGCUACACUCAUAUUCAAAAAUAUGUAUUUAAAAACAUUUAUCUCUACAUAGCAGUGUUGUUUAGCGUUCAUUGCAGUGCAUUUGCGCUAGAAAAAAGUAAAAGUUUAAUUGUUUGUUUUGUUUUUGCUGUUGUUGUUUGUUUUUUCUUCUAAUCACUCGUAUCUGCGUCAGGUGAACGAGUUCAAUGCAUCGCACAAAUAUUCCAAUAAAUUGCCACACUGUACGCGGCCAACAAAAUCACAUUGGCAGUUAGGCAUACAAACAUAGAAACACAGAUAUCUUUCGGUCAUAUGCGAGCUUGCUUACUUACUUAUAUGUAUAUAUAAAUAGUUGUAUGUGCAUAUGAAAUUCUUAAUUCUACAUAGUUCACUAACAUCUUUGUAUAUAUGUAUGUAUUUGCGUCUAAUUGUGUUCCUCUUUUGAUUUCCAACUUGGUUGCCUUUCUUUAUAUUAUUAUUAUUGCAAUGCCGCCUUUGCACUUGUGCACACACACAUACAUACGCGCAUGCUAGUCCAAAAAAAAAAAGCAACAGCAGAAACCGCCGCGAGUCAGUUUGACGGCGCAUCAACAGCAAAGAAAUUCUAUAGGUACACUGCUUUAUAUGCAUGUUUGUAUGUAUGUAUGUAUGUAUGCAUGUGUACUGGUACAAAAUCGAAAGAUAUACAUAUAAACAUAGUCGAAAACGGGGUGAGGUGAGCUGAGUGUAGCGCCUUUUUUUGUGCAAAGGGUGAGUCGUUGGUGGAGUGAGGGUGUAGUAAAAGUAGAAGUAAAUAGCAUCAACCACUCACCACUCUCACUGCACACCUAUAAAUUGAAGGUAGACACACACACACUCACACUCAUUUAUCAUUUAUUGCAGUAUGCGUGUAUGUGUGGCGUAGCUGACUGCAUCGGCAUUUUUCAUUCAUCGCCCGGCGGCAUCAGCAAGUUGCGGUCGAGUUCAAGUUUGAGAUAUGUAAACCUGCGAAAUGAGAAAAUAUGAAUGCGAGUGAGUGUGUGUGUGUGUGAAUGUGAGAGCGCAUGUUAAAUAGAAAACAAUGGAGAGCGCGUUGCUGAGGUGAGCGAGAGAGAGAGAGAGAGAGUGCAGUUGUAUAUUACAAGCGAGGGUGAGAGGGCAGAAUUAUAUAUUGAUGAUGUGAUGUUUAGGUGAUGUUUUAAGGGCAUAAUGUCAUGUGAUUUGUUCAUGAUGAUGUGAUCUAUGAUUGAUGUACAAUAGAGUGUGCGUUUCUUGUGAUCUAUGAGUUGGUGUUGCUUUUGAGUAUCAAUUUCAUCUUAAAUUGUAGUUGAUAGUGUUAAUGUGACUUUUACAUAUAUAUAUGAUAUCAUAUUGAAUAUGAGUUUGUAGUGAGGUUAAGAAAUUGUAUUGCAAUUUUUCAUAUAGAAUAAUGUGUUAUUGUAUAGAAUUGAAAAUAGCUGCUCAUUGAACAAAAAAGUUUAUAUUUGUCUUUACUUAACAUUAUAUCAAUGCAUAUAUGACAUCACAUGUUAGUUUGAUUUGCUGACGUGAUGUUAUAGUAGUGCGAUCUAAGCUGAUGUAAAAUUUCUAAAAAAAAAAUAAAAUUUAAAACUAAUAUUUAGAGUUUGGAAUUUUGUUAACAAAAUUUACUUACGAUGAUGCGAUGUGUAGGUGAUGUGUUAUUAUGCUUACGUGUAAUGAAAACCCAUGAAUAUUAAAUGGAUAAUAUUUGAAAUAAGGCAGUGAAGAAUUGUGACUCUAAAUGCGGAGCGAUGUAGAAUAGUAAGCCGAAUACAUUUGUUAAUUAGCGGAAUUCCCUAGCGAAUAACUUGCAGUGAGGUGAUGUGAUAAUGAUGAUGUGAUGUUAUCAGCAGGUGAUGUGAUAUUAAAAUUGGCUUACAUAAAACACUAUUUAACAGAGGUAUUAUUAAGAGGCUUAACUGUUGGAAAUUGCUGUAGAAAAUAGUAUAUAAAGCGCGCUUAUCGACUACCUGUUGAUGUGAUGUGAGCUGAGGUCUGCAAGAUCACCUCUUGUUGUUUUCUUUGCAAAUACAAUAGUUAAAUACUUGAUUUGUUGAAGACAAUUGCUGACUUUGACGUUGUGACUUCUAAAUACCCACAUGAGAUCAAUCAGCGAGAGUGAUGAGCGUAAAAACAGCACCCUUUGCUUGGCCUAUCGCAGUGAUACCAUCAACGACAUCAUAUCGCAACUAUUCCCUCCACUACGCUCAGCUAUACAACUCACACACUAAACAUGCACUAAAACUAAAGUGUGGUGAAAUCGCAUAACACUAAUUUGAGUGACUGUCUUGUCACUUGCCAAAAAUAAGGUGUAAGGUAAAUAAAACAUGUAGUACGAAAUGAGAGAAUAAACGCUAAAUGAGAGAGGCGAAAGCGAGUGUGGAGAAGAAAAACGCUGUAAAAGGUGCAAUCAACAAAGAGCAACUCCACACUAUAGCGGCUAAUGGCAGUGGGCAAAUAAGUAAAGUAACCGAAUAGCAAGUGGUGAAGCGCAUGGAAAAUGCAAUGUGUACUCGUAUAUGACAAGAAAGUGCUGUGUGGUGGUGGUGAAAACUGACGCACUGACGCUGCAAAGAAAAUAAACAAAUGUUGACUACGCGAUUGCGACCGAGUGACAGCAAGAGCAGCAAGAGGCGACUCAACAACUGAGCGCAUAAAAAGUCAAGGGUGUCAGUGUAUGCACACACAUACACAUAUCUCUUUAUAUUUGUGUGUUCGCCUGAGCGCCAGUCAGUGUGGUGAAUAACAUGCACUACUAGCACAGCAUUUGCUUCGCUGUUUUUCGCUGCUAUUUCGUCUGCCGUUGUCUGCUCGGAAUCGCUUUCAUUGAUUUCAGUAUUUGUUUGGACUUCAACGCUAACGGUGUACAAUUCGGUUGAUAUACGAACAUAUACAUACUACACAAACACGGCAGCGUAGAGGCAGAGGCGAGACCGCUUUUUCAACAAUAGCGCAAAACAUAGAAAACUCUUCUUCUACACGACAACUCAGUGCUAUGACACUACAAAAACACAAUGUAUAUGUGUGUAACAUACAUACAUAUAGACAACUUAGAAACAAGUGAAAAAAAACAUCAAAUAGUUGCUUGAAGUGUUCUUACUCGUGUGCUAUUUCUUGUUUGUUUGAAAACGAAAUAGCUGAAAAUAAAAAAAUAAAAUAUUCAAAUAUUUUUGAAAACGCAAACCUGUGAAGUAGCUGAAAAUAAAAUAAAAAAAUAUUUUAUUGAAAUUACAAAGUACCUACAACUUAAAAAAUACAUACAUACAUACAUAUAUAAAUAUAUGCUAACUAGCUGAGAAAAAUAGUGUGCUGCUGUAGAAUUCAAAGUGCAACUAGUAAUUGUAAAGACGCGUGUUCGUUCGCUAGCGGCGUCGUGUUAAUUGUAAAUAUUUUUGGCGAUUUUCGUUAGUUUCUCUCUGUGGCGUUGACGCUAGUUGCUGCCGGGACGCGCGCUAUUGGACGUGAUCUUGUGAGCGAGUGAAUGCGCUUAAAGUGCAUGCGGUAAUAAUAAUAACAACAACAAAGCGUUUGCUAGUGUAUGCGAAAAUCAUUUGAAACAAGUGCAUGCAAUUUAGCAAUAAAAUCAAAUAUUCCAGUGCAAAAAUAUAAAUCGCAAGCAUGUAUUUCGUGCACAAAUUAGUACGCAAAAAGUAAAGAAAUACAAAAAAAACAAAAACAAGAAAAAGUGAAAUAUUAUUGAAAGCAAAAUUUACACACAAUAAUUUUUUCCAAAGAAAAGUGUUAAAAAGUAGUUGAAGAAAUCAAACUACGCUUUCAACAUAAACACCCAAAAACACACACACACCCAAAACCAACCAACCAAUCAACCAACUACAACCACCGUGACCGGCCACGCGCAAACAACAAUGAUGAAGCGACGUUGGUCGAAUAACGGCGGUUUCGCCUUUCGCAUGCUGGAAGAAUCCUCCACCGAGGUGAGCUCAUCCUCCACUGGACUCGUGCUUAGCACAGCACUGUCGCCCUCACCGCUCGACUCACCGGUCUAUGGCGAGCAGGAUCUGUGGUAUGAUGCCGCUUUCAAUGGACCUGGCGGCCACAGCGUGAUCACAUCGGCGCAUGGUUGUGCCGCUUUGCUGCCGCCACAAACCACAAUAAUACCGUUACCACCGUUAGGCGGCUUGAACAAUAUGAAUGCUGGCAAUGCAACAAAUGGCGGCAAUUUUGGUAACGGUAAUGUUGGUGGUGGUGGCAAUGGCGGCGUAAUGGGCCAUGGCAAUCAGCUGAGCAAUGGUCAACUUGCUAAUCAACAAAAUGCACACAAUAAUAAUAACAAUUUGAAUAUGCACAACAAUAACAAUACGAAUAUGUUGCAUGCAACACUUAAUCAGGGCUUAAUGAAUGGUUUGAUGGGUAGUGUGUUGGGUGGCAAUGCUGCUGGCAUGCAGCACAACGUACUCAACAUGCAACAGCAUACGCCGCGCAGCGAUUCGGCGAAUUCGAUAUCGUCAGAUGAACCAAUAAUGAGUUAUGCUGUCCAUGGCAAGAGCUUUUUUUGUACACGUCAUGAGAGAUGAGCUACCAGCAGCUGAGUUUUCGGAGUUUUUAAAUAAAAAUAUCAAAAAAUACUGUUUAAAUACGUGUCUUUGAUAUACUCAAUUUUUAAAUGCAAUUAAAAAAAACAUUGUAAAAAUACCUUUGAUUUCAGCCUCCGACCUAACCACUUAAUAUGAACUUCGAAUGAAUUGACUUUUCGAGCCUAUAAAUGAAUAUUUCGCAGUUAAGCCAACAUUUCGUUAACUUCGAGCGAAAAAAUCCAAUUCCAAUUGGAAUAAUUAAUUAAUUUUGUCACCAUAUGGACGAAAACUAAAAAUAAUCGGAUAAUCUAUACUUACCUCUUUGAUCUUUAUGAUAUUUAACUAAUUUACUAUUAAUUUAUAUUCCAUAUUUUUUGAAAAUAUUUAAUUAGCUCCGUAGUAUUUACUAUAAAUUGCUACAUACACACCACCCCUCAUCCCAAUAGCACUAUCCACACUCGAAUUCACUUUAGCAGUAUAAUAUGAAUCUUAUAUGUACUCAUACAAAAUCCAUACUCUCCUCUGCCACAAAAGCAAUGUUCAAUAGUCGCAAUCAACACCCCUACAAUACAAUAUAGUUCACCUUCAAAAGGUCAAGAUCACAUGCAGAUGCUUGUCCUCACUUCAAUUCAGGUCACCAGUAACAUCAGCGGCACUCAAAAUUUAGGCCACUCACACAGUAUAUAGUGUUCGGAUGAAAAAUCAAAAACCAAAACACACACGAGUACAGGGGUGUUGGAGAAAAGGAGCGUACAAAAUUUUCGUACAUUGCGCCAGUAACCCAAUUCCAGUUCAAUGUUAAUGCAACGAACCCGCACAUGCACGAGUGCAGCACGACGAAUUCGGCUAACGAACGAUUGUCAUGUAUGAAUGAAGUUUUUUGUAGCGACGAAGGACGGACACAGCGUGUAAUAGCAAUAAACGAACGCAUUCGCUCGGUUGCCUGCCUGCAAUAAAGCGCAACGAAGCGCAAGCGAACUUGCAAUUUGGGCGAGUACACACGAGUAUAUCUGCUGGCAUUUCCUUUUGCAAGUUUUCUCCGUUUCUUCGCGCAUAUGCAUAUACUUAUAAGUGAGUAAUCGUCGUAUGAUCGUUCCAGCAGCGUACGCUUGUCUGCGUGACCACUCGCUUGCAACCCUGUCCACAUAACGGUGCUUGCAGUGAUGCAAUUUGUGCCAAUGAAGCGCAAAUGUCAUUGUCACCUUAUGGCCGUGUGUCGCCAGCCGCAAAAAGCAGUCGGCAGUCGGUCAGCUGCGGCGGCUGGGUCUCCAGUCACGUUGUAUGCGUUUGCGCAAGCACGAAGGACACGAAGCCUUGGCACAAGUGCGCAAAAUGGAAUUUCUUUCUCUUUUUUAUAUUUUUGCAUUGCAUUUUAGUAUCGGUUUCUAUGUAUUUUUUAUUGAAAGCUUCUUCGUAUUGCAUCGCCUUACGGUCCUUUGUUGUUGUUGCACACAUUUCUUCGGUGUCAACAAAGGCAACGCAUGUUUGCUUGCUUGUUGCAUAUAUUGCUGGUGUUGUUGCUUAUGUUGAUGUUGCUGUUUCUUGUCACUGAAAGGGGUGACCGACCGACCGACGACCACCGUCCAAAUGUUUGCCGCACGCAACUGCAUUUUUCUUGCGCUUCUUCGCAUUGUUGGCAGUGCUUUUUUUGCAUUUUGUUUUUGUUUCUACACUUUUCUGCCGUUUUAUAUUUAAUUUCGUGUUUGCCAUGCACGAGCAAUGACAUUCCCUACGACGUGUGACGUUCGCAAAGCUCCACUGUGUGUGUACGAGUACGUGCGACAGGGUUGCAUGCGGCUAAUUGCACUACGGCAUGGCUACGGCUUCGCUUGAGUGCAUUUUGCAAUGCAUGUUGCACAAACAAACACACACAAAUACAUGAUUAUAACGGCUCAUAUGAGUUAAAAUUGCAUGUGUAUUUGUAUACUAUUUGGUUUAUCGCUUGUUUGCCAUUGUUUAUGCGACUGCCUGUCAAUUUAACGCUACGUUGAGUUUUUUGUAUUUGUUUUUGUUUUUGCUUUUUUCCCGCACUUGCUUUCUCACUUUUGUUGUUUGUUGCUGCUGCAUUCACUAUGCAUUUGUGUGCAUUCAUUUUGAUAGCUUGGUUGGUCCUACCUCAAGAAGUUUUGCAUUUAAUCGACACGAUGCAUUCGCUCGCCACAAUGCAGGCGAGUAAAUGCAAACAUACAUAUCAACACACAUACAUACAUACAUUUAUAUAAACAUACAUAUUUAAGCUGUUGUUGUUGUUGUCGCAGCAGCUUUUCGCUUGCAGUUGAUAGCAUUGUUCGAACGCAUUAAAAAAUUGUUUUUUUUUCCAUUCAUUUUAUACGAAACUGCAUCUCACUUAUUUUUUUAUUUUAUUUUCUUAUUUUAUUUUCUUAUUUUAUUACCCAUUCUCCUUUACUUAUGCUCCGCGCCUUGAACAGCUUUUUUUAUUUCUUGCCUUUUUUCUGCAAUUGAAUUUCGCGCCUGCCUCUCGCAGUCAUCCAUCUUUGCCAUUUAUGCCUGUCAUAUGGGCGUCACUCGCUGGCAUUUCGUCAAGGCUUUGUACAUAACGGUGUUACCCGCCUCUUUACCAAUUUUUUUUGUGCCGUUUAUGCUUUUCAUUAUAUAUUAUGACUUCGAUUUAUUUUGUAUUCUCCUGCAUAUUGGUGCCACCGCUCGUGGUGUUGUUGUCAAAUCAAUCAUCUGCUUAAAUAGUCGUUGCGAAAUAUGAUUUAAGAUGUGGUAUUUUAUGGUCGUCGCUCGCUUUUUGCCCAAAAUUUUUUUGGUUGCAAUACAUCUUAAAAAGGCGUGCACCUUACGGUUAUGUCUCAUGUACAACUGCCAUAUGUUGAGCUGUAAAAAUAUUAUUAAUGCGUGUUGAGGCACUAACCUUAGAUUUAGCAUGUGGUGUGCUUGAAGCGGAAAAAAUUAAGUGCGCAAAUUUUUGUUGCAAGAAGCCGUUAAUUUUAGCGUAUUUUUUCAAGAAUAUUUUUUUUAGAAAUUUCAAAAUCAGAGCGUUCAUUGUUUUUACAAGGGUUCAAUGUGGAAUAAUCGGAACUCUUCGGAGUUGCCUGAUUUUUGAAGGGGUUAGGUUGGUUUUAAAAUUUCUAAAUUAGAAAAAUAAAAUUUUCUUAUCUCAAAAUCAAUUUUUUAAGUCGGUGGACCCGAUUUCCCGAAAAGUUAUGAGUCGAUUAAUAUUUUUUAAAUUUGCUAUGUUCAUGUCAAUGUCAAGUUUUGCAUUGUUCUCAUUGCUUAAAUAGUUGAAGUUUUUUUAUUAAAAAAAAAAAUUAUUUAAAGCAAAUGUAAUACAACUGGAUAUAAUAUUGGCAGAAAAAACUAUAAAAAAAAUAUUUUGGUUGAAAAAAACUUCAAAAUUUCUUUAAAUAAUGUUAGCAUUUUUUUUUGAGGCAUUAACCAACUUCAAAUGUUUUGAAUUUUCUUCUUAAAAUAAUGUUAAAAUUUUUUGUUCACACCGACCUUAAUAUUUUGUGUCUUCGAUUUUGUGUCAAAGUUCAAUUUUUGGAGUUGGCUAACCAGUGAACUUGUAUCAAAUCACAAAUUUGUUUCUCUGAGCUACAAAAAUCAACGCAAAUACAAACCACAUACUCAAUCAGUGCACAGCAGCUCGAAAGAAAGCCUCUGCUUAAACACUUGCAAUUUGUAUGCAAUGCCGCCUGCAACCUAAGCUUUUUACAAGAAAUACACUAAUCGCAUGCGAGAAUUACCUUUUCACUGCAAAGCAAUAAAUAUUUCAUAUGUUUGUGCAUGAAAUUUGCAUAUCCCAAGCAUGAGUACGCUACAAAAAUCGCCAAUCGAUUACAAAGUGCCACACAAAGACGCACGGCGUCCGUCCGCAUAGCGAAAUGCCCGCAUGGCAAUGCAAUGCUGCAACUAAUGCCAAAAACGCCGUUACAACUGCACUACUGCAUGCCUAGUUAGAGUUGUGAGUGAGCACAUAACUGCUUACAUACAUACUCACCUAUCCAAUAGCCGAGUAAUAGCAACUAGCGAAUCAGCGGCGACGGCGACCCACGAUGACUACUCGUUCACAUAGCGGCGUACAUGUUGUCAAUGAUAAAAGCCAAUAAAAAAGCGAAAGAAAAACAACAACAGCAACAACGCUGGUAGUAGUAAUAUUAUUCAGUAAACGUGCAUCAGAAAUAUCAAGCGACAAAAUUGAGGUCAAUGGUUUGAUUACUUGGAAAUUGUAGAAAUUAAAAUGUGUUGGCUUGCGAGAGUAGUUUGGGGGGCGCAACGCGUAAAAGCGUACGUGAGUAUGCAAUGCAAUGUGCAUAAGUCAGUAACUGUGCAGUUAUUUUAUUGAAUAUGUGUGUAUGUAUGUAUGUAUGUAUGUAUUUAUAUGAAUAUAUUGGUUUUGCAGUGCGUUGGGCAAGACUUCUCAACGCCGUCAUUUACAUACAAUAUUUCUUAUUCUUUUAUUUUCUUAUUUGCAUUUAUUUGCUUAUGUAGUUAGUUGACAGUUUUAUGCGUUUCACAAUGAAUCCGGUUUUCGGUAAACAAUUUUCGAGCGUAAUAUAUGAGGUUUAGAAGAAAAAAUAAAAUUUAAAUAAAAAUAUUUUUUUUAUUAAUUUUUAAAAAUUAUUUACUGUAUUUAAUUUUUUAUAUUUAUUUUAAAAUUUGUUUAUAUAUUUUUUUAAUAUAAUAUAUUAACUACUCAUAAGUAUAUAUUUACAUGUACAUAUAUAUGUACAUAUUCCUAUCAAUUAUGUUGUCACAUGAUCCAAAGUAGCUGUUUUGAAAACUUUGACAUUGACUUGUUGCGCUGCGACUUUGACUUUUGUUUUCAAAUUCAAUGUAGUCACAAGCGUAUGUAUGUAAUUAUAGAUGUCUGCACAUAAAAUGCAGCUUGCAGCUGUAUUUCUAUGCUGCUUUACGCAAAAUAACGUGCUUUUUCGGCAUUUCGCUGGAUUUGACUUUGUUGUGUAUAUGACAAGACAUAACUACAUUUACUGUGUUUUUGAUUUCAAAUUCGCAUUUGUAUGACAAGAAACGUGCCGAAAGUCCGUAAAAUAUAAAAAUCGAAAAAAAAAUUAUUUUGUAUUACAAUUAUUUGGCUUGUAAGCGUGUUUAUAAAUUUAAUCAUCAUUGUUGUGGGUGUGUUUCAGCACUAACAAGUCAAAAACAACAAAAAAAAUAUUUAAAAAAAAUGUUAAAAAAUAUUAUUCCAUAUAUUUUUGUCUAUAUGCAUGUAUGUAAGAAAAGCUUUUCACGCCGCAACCUUGACACAAUUGCGCAUAUUUACUGGCUAAAAGUACCUAUACACGCUAAACAAAAGGCUAUUUUUCGCUAUAUUUUGCGGUGACUUUUGCAAAGCUGCACAGGGUUGCAUAGCAUAAACCUUGAAUUGUCAUUUUUAUUGAUGGCAGCAAUUUAGUUGAUUCAUACACAGACAAAGCAUGAAUUUUUUCUAGAAAAAAUAUUAAUAAAAUUACAAAAAUAACAGCAACAAAGUGGAAAAAAUUACAAAAAAAACAACAACAAAAUUGUAAAAAAAAAAUUCAAAAAUAACAACACAAAUCAGCAAAAAUUACAACAAAAUGGUAAAAGAAAUCUCAAAAAUGACAAUAAUAAAAUAGUAAAAAUAUUCAAAAAUAACAAGAACAAAGUGGUAAAAAAAUUAAAAAAUACAAAAACAAAAUAGUAAAAAGUUUCUAAAAAUGACAACAAAAUAGCAAAAAUUUUAAAGCUUAUUCAUUUGAAUAUAAAUAUCUUAAAUUGCAUUAGUGACGCAGCAAAAUUAGAUUUUUUGAAUUUUUUAUACAAGUUUAUGACUAAAUAGAUUUUAAUUUUAUAUCUCAAACUAGCGUGCGUUUGCCAAUUGUCGAAAAAUUUGUAUUAUUGGUAAUUCAUUGUCAUUUUUUGUUUGUGUUCUAAUUUUCACGAUUCAGUUUUAUAUUCCACACUUUCUUCAAUUUUGCUUAAAAUUGCGAUUUUAUUACGCCAAUUCUAGCAUUUCUCAUUAGACUUUAGCUUGCGACAUGCGAUUCGCUUUUGAUGUUAUGGCGUGAUGAGCUCAUUAUGUGCCCGAAAAAAGCAUGUAGUGUUGCUGCGCAGCUGUCAAAUGUCAGUUAGCGCAUGUUAAAUGCAUAAAUGCCAUACGAAUGUAUAUUUAUCCACUUUACUGCUUCCCUUCCACACACAAAAUGCUAUGGCAAAGGUUGCCUUUGUACUAUUUGCUGUUUUAAUUGCAUUUUUAUGCUGCAUCUUUUGUUAAUUAUUUUUUGUUAACUUACGUGAUACUAAGAUUUUUUUAAUUUUAAUGCUUUUUUAUUAUAAUUACACAUUAGAGUAUAACAAGCAGCGCUUACCUACCUGUUGCUUCCAUUAUAUAAGCUGAUUUUUUGCUACUGACAGUUUUGGGUAAAUUCCAGCUAAUUAUUAUACAUACAUACAUAUAAAAUUUGCGUAAUCUUGCAGUUUUCAUAUUCUUCUUUAAUUCAUUUAUGUUGUUCUGUAAUUAUUUACAAUGUCUGUUGGCGCAGAAGUCAAAUGUAGCUACUAAAAACAAGUAUAUAUACUAGAAGGAGGUAUGGAUAUACAAAUGUACAUAUAUACUUAUUUUAACUUAUAUACAUACUUAUGUAUAUAUAUAUAAUAUGUAUUCCCAGCAGGGUGACGUGAUAUUUUCGCUUUUGAAGUCACUUCUGUCAGUAUUAAAGAAAGUAAUUAUUCUAGAACAGAUUUUAGGAUAGCAAAUAUAAUUUAUUUUAACAUUUCUUGAGAGCUAUGGAGCUAUUCAGGCCUAUUUAAAGUAUUCUUUCGAUUUUAUUAAAU